ACUUCCCAGCUGGGGCCAGUCGGGAGCGAAAGUACGCUGAGCUGCAGUGUCUGGUCGAGAGUACCCGUGGGAGCGUCGCGCCGCGGAGGCAGCCGUCCCGGCGUAGGUGGCGUGGCCGGCCGGACCCCCAACUGGCGACUCUCCCCGCGCGGGGUCCCGAGCUAGCAGAUGGGAGGCACAGCUCGUGGGCCUGGGCGGAAGGAUGCGGGGCCGCCUGGGGCCGGGCUCCCGCCCCAGCAGCGGAGGUUGGGGGAUGGUGUCUAUGACACCUUCAUGAUGAUAGAUGAAACCAAAUGUCCCCCCUGUUCAAAUGUACUCUGCAAUCCUUCUGAACCACCUCCACCCAGAAGACUAAAUAUGACCACUGAGCAGUUUACAAGAGAUCAUACUCAGCACUUUUUGGAUGGAGGUGAGAUGAAGGUAGAACAGCUGUUUCAAGAAUUUGGCAACAGAAAAUCCAAUACUAUUCAGUCAGAUGGCAUCAGUGACUCUGAUAAAUGCUCUCCUACUGUUUCUCAGGGUAAAAGUUCAGAUUGCUUGAAUACAGUAAAAUCCAACAGUUCAUCCAAGGCACCCAAAGUGGUGCCUCUGACUCCAGAACAAGCCCUGAAGCAAUAUAAACACCACCUCACUGCCUACGAGAAACUGGAAAUAAUUAAUUAUCCAGAAAUUUACUUUGUAGGUCCAAAUGCCAAGAAAAGACAUGGAGUUAUUGGUGGUCCCAAUAAUGGAGGGUAUGAUGAUGCAGAUGGGGCCUAUAUUCAUGUACCUCGAGACCAUCUAGCUUAUCGAUAUGAGGUGCUGAAAAUUAUUGGCAAGGGGAGUUUUGGGCAGGUGGCCAGGGUCUAUGAUCACAAACUUCGACAGUACGUGGCCCUAAAAAUGGUGCGCAAUGAGAAGCGCUUUCAUCGUCAAGCAGCUGAGGAGAUCCGGAUUUUGGAGCAUCUUAAGAAACAGGAUAAAACUGGUAGUAUGAACGUUAUCCACAUGCUGGAAAGUUUCACAUUCCGGAACCAUGUUUGCAUGGCCUUUGAAUUGCUGAGCAUAGACCUUUAUGAGCUGAUUAAAAAAAAUAAGUUUCAGGGUUUUAGCGUCCAGUUGGUACGCAAGUUUGCCCAGUCCAUCUUGCAAUCUUUGGAUGCCCUCCACAAAAAUAAGAUUAUUCACUGCGAUCUGAAGCCAGAAAACAUUCUCCUGAAACACCACGGGCGCAGUUCAACCAAGGUCAUUGACUUUGGGUCCAGCUGUUUCGAGUACCAGAAGCUCUACACAUAUAUCCAGUCUCGGUUCUACAGAGCUCCAGAAAUCAUCUUAGGAAGCCGCUACAGCACACCAAUUGACAUAUGGAGUUUUGGCUGCAUCCUUGCAGAACUUUUAACAGGACAGCCUCUCUUCCCUGGAGAGGAUGAAGGAGACCAGUUGGCCUGCAUGAUGGAGCUUCUAGGGAUGCCACCACCAAAACUUCUGGAGCAAUCCAAACGUGCCAAGUACUUUAUUAAUUCCAAGGGCAUACCCCGCUACUGCUCUGUGACUACCCAGGCAGAUGGGAGGGUUGUGCUUGUGGGGGGUCGCUCACGUAGGGGUAAAAAGCGGGGUCCCCCAGGCAGCAAAGACUGGGGGACAGCACUGAAAGGGUGUGAUGACUACUUGUUUAUAGAGUUCUUGAAAAGGUGUCUUCACUGGGACCCCUCUGCCCGCUUGACCCCAGCUCAAGCAUUAAGACACCCUUGGAUUAGCAAGUCUGUCCCCAGACCUCUCACCACCAUAGACAAGGUGUCAGGGAAACGGGUAGUUAAUCCUGCAAGCGCUUUCCAGGGAUUGGGUUCUAAGCUGCCUCCAGUUGUUGGAAUAGCCAAUAAGCUUAAAGCUAACUUAAUGUCAGAAACCAAUGGUAGUAUACCCCUAUGCAGUGUAUUGCCAAAACUGAUUAGCUAGUGGACAGAGAUAUGCCCAGAGAUGCACAUGUGUAUAUUUUUAUGAUCUUACAAACCUGCAAAUGGAAAAAAUGCAAGCCCGUUGGUGGAUGUUUUUGUUAGACUAGACUUUUUUUAAACAAGACAAAACAUUUUUAUAUGACUAUAAAAGAAUUCUUCAAGGGCUAAUUACCUAACCAGCUUGUAUUGGCCAUCUAGAAUAUGCAUUAAAUGACUUUUUAUAGGUCAA